UCCUUGCAAUAUAAAUAGAGCGUUCUAAUGCAAUGCAUCAGUAAGAUACAGGUCGUUCAACAUGAAGUUUGUAGUGCUCGCCCUCCUUGUCGCCGUGGCCUUUGCCGACCGGCUGUAUGAGGCCCCAGCUCGUGCUGCCUCCGACGAGAUCGCCAUCUUGAGGGACGACCGCGUGAUCGAGGACGACGGAAGGUACAACUUCGACAUGGAGACUGCCAACGGAAUCGUCAUGUCUGAGUCUGGCUCUCCUGGAGAAGAUGGAGCCAUCAAUAGUGCUGGAUCCUUUUCGUACACCGCUCCUGACGGCACUGACAUCCACCUCCAAUAUGUAGCUGACGAGAACGGCUUCCAGCCGCAGGGCGACCACCUGCCAGUGGCUCCCGAGUUCCCCCACCCAAUCCCCGACUUCGUCCUCAGGCAGAUCGAAUUCGCCAAAGAGGAAGAUGCCCGCAAUGCCCGUGGAGAGAUUUCACGGUCUUAUGGUGCUCCUCAUGACGACUAAAGCCCUUCAUCAACUACGUGAUAAUUCACGUUUUCGAUCUGUUGACAUUGUACUUUUGAAUGAAUGUGUAUAUAUAUAUAUAUAUGUUAGUGUAGUU